AUGCCGAACAACAGACUUCAACCGAUGGAACAUGGUCCAUCAUCGCACCAGCUGGCUACCAGACAAGUAGUAUCGAAAGAGUUGCCUGUAUUCACUGGAGAUCCUGUGGAUUGGCCACUCUUCUGCAGCAGCUAUCAGCAUUCCACUCAGGCGUGUGGUUAUUCCCAUUCGGAGAAUCUGCUCCGUUUACAAAAAAGCCUCAAGGGUAGAGCCAGGGAAGCGGUCAGCAGCUUUCUACUUCACCCUUCCACAGUACCGCAAGUGAUUUCUACGCUGCAAACGCUGUUCGGCAGGCCUGAACACAUCAUCCACAACAUGAUUUCCAAAGUCCGCGAAAUUCCUGCUCCAAGGGCGGACCGGCUCGAAACGCUUGUGAAUUUCGGUCUUGCAGUACAAAAUCUUUGUGGACAUCUCAAGGCUAUUGGACUGGAGCAGCAUUUGUCAAAUCCCAUGCUGUUACAAGAACUUGUCGACAAGCUACCGGCUAACGUCAAACUUAGUUGGGCCCUACACCAGGAGCAGAUACCAGCGGUAAACCUCAGCGAGUUCGGUGAAUACAUGGGAAAAAUUGUAUCCGCCACUAGCAGUGUGACCUGUUUCAGUGCAUUCCCGCAGAAGCCAUCCAAGGAAGGACGAGUCAAGGAAAAGGCAUAUGUGAACGCACACUCAUCAUCGAUCGAAGGCAACAGCGAAAACCGGUCCAGCGACUGGAGGGCUCCAUCAAAAUCAACGAGACCGUUGGACAAGCAGGUGUCUACCAACAAAGCGUGUCCAGCCUGUGGGGCUACAAAUCAUCAAGCUGCAGGAUGCCCGUCCUUCAAAAGACUUUCUGUCGACGAUCGGUGGAAAAUAGUGAAGGAAAACCAGCUAUGCCGUCGCUGUCUAAUACCACACACGCGAUGGCCCUGCAAGGGAGAAAUAUGCGGGAUCGGCGGCUGCCAGAAGAAACAUAAUCGUCUGCUGCAUUCCAACAACCCGCCGGCGGAAGGACUUCCAAACCCGACAAACGCAACGGUUACGGUUCACCGGUCGAUCAGCACAUCCACAUUGUUCCGAGUUGUACCGGUAACCCUAUAUGGAAAGAAUGGUCAGGUGAACACAUUAGCGUUUCUAGAUGACGGUUCGUCUAUUACGAUGAUCGAGCGAUCGUUGAUUGAUGAACUCGGCGAGGAUGGGCCAGCGGAAUCCUUGUGCAUCCAAUGGACAGGAGGCGUAACAAAGCAGAUUACGGAUACAAACCGAGUUCAACUCCAAAUAUCAGCAGUGGGUAGCAGCCAACGGUACAAGCUUAACGAAGUGUACACUGUGGAUAACCUGGGGCUACCAGAGCAGUCGUUGGAUUUCAGCGAGAUGUCGAUGCGGUUCAAACACUUGGGUGGCUUGCCUGUAACGAGUUUUGGCGCUGCCGUGCCAGGCGUGCUGAUAGGUUUAUCAAACACACACUUGUUGGCUACGCUGAAACUGCGGGAAGGACGAUCUCAGGAGCCCAUAGCGACGAAAACCCGAAUCGGUUGGUCUAUCUACGGAUGUCAGCGCGAUAAAGUAGACGUUAUGCAUCACCGACUGUUGCACAUCUGUGCUAAGCCAACGAAUGAGGAUUUGCAUGAUUACGUCCAGAGUUUCUUUACCGUAGAAAGUCUUGGUGUAGCGUUGGUACCCCAAGUCGAAGGAGCUGAUGAGCAGCGAGCCCGCAGAAUUCUGGAAGAAACCACGAAGCGAACGAGUAGCGGCAGAUUCCAGACAGGACUUCUAUGGAAACACGAUGAAUUGGAGUUUCCGGACAGUCGCCCGUUAGCAGAAAAACGAUUGAGGUGUUUGGAGAGACGGCUGUUGAAGGACCCUGAACUCUACACGAACGUCCGCCAACAAAUGUCGGACUACCAGGAGAAGGGCUAUGCCCACAAGGCAACCGUUGAAGAGCUACGUAGCCUAGAUCCACGUCGGACAUGGUAUCUUCCCCUUGGCGUAGUCCUUAAUCCCAGGAAACCUGGUAAGGUGCGGGUGAUCUGGGACGCCGCCGCAAAGGUUCAAGGCAUUUCAUUGAACUCCAUGUUGUUAAAAGGUCCGGACCAAAUGACUUCGCUUCUUUCCGUGCUUUUUCAAUACCGUGAACGAGAGGUGGCCAUUUCUGGAGACAUUAAAGAAAUGUUUCACCAGCUCUUGAUUCGAGAAGAAGAUCGAUGCGCGCUACUGUUUCUGUGGAGAGAUUCCCCGGAAAUGCCAGUCGAGGUCAUGGUAAUGAAUGUUGCAGUCUUCGGUGCGUCAUGUUCUCCGGCACAAUCUCUUUUUGUAAUGAAUUUGAAUGCAACGGAACACGAAGCAGGAUAUCCAAGGGCAGCAGCAGCAAUCAAACACCGGCACUAUGUGGACGACUAUCUGGACAGCGUUGAUACCGAAGAGGAGGCUGUUGAUUUAGCUUUGGAAGUAGCGGAAGUCCACUCGAAAGCCGGAUUCAACAUCAGAAACUGGCUGUCAAACAAGAAAGCAGUGCUCGACCAGAUAGGUGAAGUGAACCCCGGAUCCGUUAAGUGUUUCGCUACAGACAAGGAAACGGGUGCAGAAAGACUACUUGGGAUGAUUUGGAAGCCAGACGAAGACGUUUUUUCGUUUUCAUUGAGCUUCCGCGAAGAUUUGCAACAGCUAGUGGCAGGAGAUGUAAUUCCGACCAAAAGGGACAUGCUUAAAGUUACGAUGAGCAUCUAUGAUCCUCUGGGUAUCGUGGCAGCCUUCGUUAUCCAUGGGAAGGUACUUGUCCAGGACGUCUGGAGGACAAAAAUCGAUUGGGACGAGAAGGUUCCCUGGGAUAUUUUCUUACGCUGGAAACAGUGGCUUGCUGUACUCCGAAUGAUGAAUACAGUUAAAGUUCCUCGCUGUUAUUUCCCAGGAUACAGCACCGAUUGCUACAACUCUCUAGACUUGCACGUCUUUGUUGACGCUAGCGAGGAAGCCUACGCAGCAGUAGCGUAUUUUCGCGUCAUCGACAAUGGUUGUGUUCGGUGCUCCUUGGUAUCAUCGAAGACAAAAGUAGCUCCACUGCAACCUCUUUCCAUCCCACGCCUGGAAUUGUCCGCAGCAGUAAUUGGCGCACGUUUACGGAAGACGAUUGAAGAGAAACAUUCUCUGAAAGUACGUCGCACAGUUUUCUGGAGCGAUUCGUCAACGGUCAUCGCAUGGAUUAGGUCCGAUGCGCGUCGCUAUCGACAGUUCGUGGCAUUUCGGGUCAACGAAAUACUCAGUCUAUCGUCGGUUCAAGAGUGGCGCUGGGUGCCCACAAAACUGAACGUGGCCGAUGAAGCCACAAAGUGGGGUAAAGGCCCUUCCUUUGAUCCGAACAGCCGAUGGUAUCACGGGCCAGAUUUCCUAUACGACAACGAACUGGAAUGGCCGAAAGACUGUCGAUCCGAUACCAACACUACAGUGGAAGAACUUCGGCCAGCCUAUGUCUGCAAGCAUCUUGUCAUCGAACCAGUGGUGAUGUUAGACCGUUUCUCUCGCUGGGAGCGACUACUGCCCCAAGCAACACACAUGUUAUAA